UUUGGGACAGUCCGCUGAACACAGUUAAUCGAAGCUUAGUUCGUCUUGGGAAACUAUGCAACCAUAUACCCUCUAGCUUACCGAAGUUGCGAAUAAGCUGUCUGUGUCCACUCUGACAUGUUGUCUUUUGCGAAUGUCAUUUAACUGGUUGAGCAACGAAGAGGACGCGGAUUUUGAACUGAAGUUAAACAGAUGCACUGCCCUGUGUGAAGUGAGUACUAGUUCCCUGCAUGUGUGUGUGAGACUGGUAUCUCUGCGCGGGGGGUGAUGAGAGACACCAUGGCUGGUAUCAGCGGCACCUCGACCCCUGCGUCAGCAGCCGCGGCAGCAGCUGUGCGCGGGGGCCGGCCCAGGCAUGGGCGCGUGCUGAAGGACCGGAGGAGGGAUGCUGGAGGACUGCUGAGGGACAUGGGGAAGACUGAGAUGGAGGCAGACGGGGAGGAGGAGGUGGGGAGUCAGGGAAGCGCUCUGAUGGAGAGGACACAGGAGUUCUUCCAGAUCUGUGACAUCGAGCAGAAGGGAUUUAUCACACGCCGGGACAUGCAGCGGCUACAUGGGGAGCUUCCUUUAAGUGAGGAGGACCUGGAGAACGUCUUUGACACCCUAGACGCAGACGCCAACGGAUUCCUGACCCUGGAAGAGUUCUCCUCAGGAUUCAGUGAGUUCAUGUUUGGCCAGGGUGUGUCAGUCAUGUCGGAGCUGGCGGCCGAGGAGGAUGUGGUGGUGGGGGCUCCUCCGGAGUCCAUGUACCAGAGCACCUGGGAGCAGCGCCUGUCCGGGGGAGGGGAGGAGGAAGAGGAGAAGAACUUCUGCAUGCUGAUGGAGAGCCUUGGGGCCAACAACGUGUUUGAAGACCCAGUGGAGGUGCGCAGUCUGUGGGCUCAGCUGCGGCGGGAUGAGCCUCACCUGCUGGCCAACUUCGAGGAGUUCCUGGCGCGGGUCACGCUGCAGCUCAAGGAGGCCAAUCAGGAGCGGCAGGAGAUGGAGAGCGCCCUCAAGAGGAAGGCGGCGACUCACGACGAUGAGAUCCACCGACUCUACGAGGAGAUGGAACAACAGAUCAAGAACGAGAAGGACCGGAUCCUUAUGCAGGACUCUGAGAAGUUCCUCUCUCGUAGUCAGGACCUGGAGCAUCAGCUGACCAGUAAAGAGCGAGAGCUGGACCAACUCUUUCAGAAGCAGAGGAGGCUGGAGGGCCAGUGUCUGGAGCUGAGCAGUGAGCAGCAGGAGACGCGGGUGGAGAACGCCAAGCUGCGGCAGAACAACGAGGAGUUGCAGCGGGAGCUGGACAACACGGCCACGGAGCUGGCCCUCGCCCAGGAGCAGCUGGACCUCCUGCAGCAGCAGGCCUCACGCCUACACCAGGACCGAGAGCUUGAGAUGUACAGGGUGACUGAGGGUCUUCAGAGGGAAAGGGCCAGCCUACUGAAACAGUUAGAUCUACUAAGGGAAAUGAACAAACACCUUCGGGAUGAGCGAGACAUGUGUUAUCAGAAACCCAAGCCUAAAGGUGUGUCUAAAAUCCCAAUUCGGAGGUCAGGAUCCCUCGCCUCUAGAUACGCAGAGAGGACGUUCUCUUCCAAGAGUGAAACAGACGAAGAGGAGGUCCUUCCCCACUCCAAGAGGAAGAGCAUGAGGGGCCUGAAUGGGGUUGGCGGUGGCGGCCCCCGGGGGCCCGGAGGUGAUGAUGACAUGGUAGACGCGGGGCCCCUGGCCCUCAGCUCACCUCCUCCUCCACCUCUUGCGGCCCAUAAGCCCCUGCAGAGGAUCAUCUCCAUAGAGGAGGACCACCUGCCAGACCUGCUGCUGGAGGAGCACCGGCCCCAACUCCGGCAGUGGAGCGAGGAGGACGGGGAGCAAGAGGACGGCAUUGACCUGCAGAUGAGCAGCAUUUACCCAUCUAGCCCCCGGUCCCGCUCCAGUAGCCCCACCCCCAGCUUCGAGAGUCGCCACUCCAGUGCAGCAGAUGCCCCCUCCUCCCCCCGACACCAGCCCAUCGGCAAGGAAACCGUAAGCAGCAGCGCUGAAGGUGUCGUUUCUGCUCCAGACCGCCUCUUCAAGAUCGUGCUGGUCGGCAACUCCAGUGUGGGUAAAACAUCCCUGUUACGACGCUUUUGCAGCGACAACUUUUACCCAGGCACAUCAGCCACAGUAGGUAUAGACUACAGUGUGAAGACCAUUACUGUGGACGGCAGCCAGGUGGCGCUACAGAUGUGGGAUACAGCAGGACAGGAAAGGUAUCGCAGCAUCACCAAGCAGUUUUUCCGCAAGGCAGACGGAGUGGUUGUGAUGUACGACCUCACUGCCCAGCUGACGUUUACUGCGGUGCGCCAGUGGCUGAGUAAUGUGCAGGAAGGAGCAGGUGAGGGCAUUCCCAUCAUGCUGCUGGCCAAUAAGACGGACCUCGAGCCGGAGCGGGAGGUGCAGGGCCGCAUGGGCCAAUCCUUAGCCAAGGAGCUGGAACUCAUUUUCUACGAGUGCAGUGCUUUCUCUGGUCACAAUGUGACCGAAGCCAUGGUCCACUUAGCACGGCUUCUCAAGGAGCGCGAGGACUGGGAGAAGGAGAAGACCGUGUCGCUACUCUCCAGCCCUUCAAAGAAGAAGUCCUGCUGUUAGCAGGGCCGGAUUAUCCAUAAGGGUCAGCAGCACAGUGCUCAUGGGCACCAACCAUUUCUGACCAGUGAGGGGGCACCACAAGACAACAAAUGUAACAAAUACUGUUUAUAAAGGGGGCACCAGUGAGGUGUAGUGCCCGGGGCCACCACAUUGGCUUAAUGCGGUCUUGCUGUUAGCCACCAGCAGGCUUAGCCCCCGUCAUGCACCUACCAUGCAGCCCUGUACCACAAAUGCACCAAAGCCAGUCUCAUCUCAUCUCACACAAGCACCACAGCACCACUGCAAUUGCAUGCAGUACACAAAUGUCCUGUGGGGGGUAUUCCAAGCAUGUGGUUUACUGACUGACCCAGUUACAUAAACUCAAGUAAGUGGUAAAGUGUCUAGUAGCAGGACCUUAAAUAUUUGGAUUAUAGCUAAAAGGCUGCUCUAUUAGAGGGGUUACCACUUGCUUUGAGGUAAGGGACUAAACCUACAUUCUGGAGCACCCCUCUGAUGACUAUUUUGUUCGGUGUUGGGUCUUAAUGUGUUUACAGUUCAGAAACAAGGCCAGAUUCUCAACAGGCUUUGGAGUAGAGCAGGCUCUAUAGUGGAGUACACGUAAUGGUACACAAGUGGAAAAGUUUUAUUGGUGUUUGCACUGGCAACCAGGUGGACUGCGCUCUCCAUGCCAAAGUCAGUUUGUGGUGUUGCUCAUUCCCCUCUGAAUUGUUUAUUUUCUUAACAAUCCUGUUCAAGUGCAAGUGAAGUCCGUCUCUCUCUCUCUCAAUCCUCUCCACCUGUUCCCAUGGACACUUAAGUUUCCAAAACAUCACAGGUCACUAGUCAUUAGUUUGGAGUGGAUAGCGAUAAUAUUUCACUUGUGUGGUGGCUGGCACCUUGUGUCCCUUGUGAACAUUUUGAGAGAAUGUGUUUUGGCUGCGAGCCACUCUUGGCGUUCAUUCAAGCAUGAGCGCAGACUUCCCCUGAGAUCAAACUUCCUGGAGCAAACGGGUAUCACAGAUAUGUUGGCACCUUAGAUAUCGCUGUUAUUAGUGCUCCUACCUGAAGUGCUGGACUUUAAGAGGAAAAAUAAAUCCACUUCAGGGGUGCUGGCAGCAGAGAGCAAACGGUAAAGCACACUUAAAAAACAUGCACAGUCACACACAUGCAGAGCUCUAUGUAAACAUUUUGCGGUUCCAACAAGCUAGAUUUCAGCUCAGAAGUCAUUCAGUACUUAAGUGAGGAGAUCAGUAUGGGGGUUGAAAUCAUAUUUUUCACCCAAUGUCCAAGGAUGCAUCUCUGGCCCGAUUGUCAUCAGCACAUUAUGAACUGUUUGUAAAAGGUACACCAGUCGUUGUAUCAUCAUAAUGCAGAGCUGAGUUUAGUGUGAGAUAUUAUUUGAAAUGUUUUUGAGCAACUGCAACAGCACAGUGUAGAUAAAAAGUAAAGCCUGUUGUAUUUUUUUUCAAAAAAUGUGAUUUCCACAGCAUCCACACAAUUUAUCCCUGUGUGUGUGCCUCUUUAUGGCAAUCUACACCACCGUUGAAAAUAAUCCCCAUCUCCCUUGGAGCACCUGUGCUUAUUUACCACUUUAUCAAUGGAACUCUCCUCCGAUAAUUGGACUUGUCUGUGUAAUUGGUGUGUAAUGAGAACUUAAUGAUGUUUACAGCAGAGGGCCUGGGAGACCCAAGAGUGGACUGUGUGUUUGUCUGAGCAUGUGCACAAUUCGGUGCUGUAUCCAUUUCUGUGUGUGCGUGCGUGUACGUGUGUGUGCGUGUGUGUGAAAGUUACAGUGGAAGUCAAAAUUAAUAUAUUUUAUACGUGUCAAUAAAUUGUAAGCACUCAAGCAUCAAAUAUUUCUGUUUUGAAAUGCUCCUUAAAGGUGAAGUAAGUAAUAUUUCUUGUAGUGUAUUUGCAUAACUCAUGCUGCCCAUUCACAAAUACUUGCCACCACCACCAUCAAAUUUGAAUCAUUCAUUAUGACAGGGAAAAUUGCACUUUUCAUACAUGAAAAGGUGGAUCUUCUCCAUGUCCUUCAUUUUGAAUGUCCAGAAAUAGACAUUUUUGCCUGCGAAACUUGCUGUACAUUGGCUAUACUAGUGAAUAUCAGUUUAUGGAUUAGUAAAUUCUCAAAUUUGGGAAUAAGUAGCGCAGUUGCAAUGAGCAGCAUGCAGGGUAGUUACACAGUCAGGCCACAAUCCUACAUACUGCUAUAGUUGGAAGGAAUUAAUAUGAAGGAUUGGUCCGCAAACGCAGCACCAAACUGAACCUCCCACCUAUUGUGCCUGUGGAAUGUUCCAGACUUACAAAGUUCAGUCAAUUUUAAUCAAACUGCUUUUCUGCUGUGAUUGCAUGUACAGUAUGCUUUAUUUAUAUUUUAGAAAUUCACAGAAAGAUGUUAUCAAACUAUUGUCAGAUCUAUUAGUUAAUUUGUUUCUGGUAACUUGUUUUUGUGUGUGUGUGUGUGUGUGUGUAACGAAGUGCCAUUCCUCCAUUGAUGCUCAUUGCCAUACACUGGCCAAGUUCUUAAGUGAAGUGGGAAUAUAUGGUAAGGCUGAAUUCAGGUUCUCAGAUCUGAAUCAUUUCCCCAAACUUGCAUCCUUUUCUAAUUCCUCCGACCUCAUGCCUUGUUGUCGACCUCUAUUUUAUGUUGAACAUUCAAAAUGCUUGAUCUAUACGUGAUGUAUCUUAAAUCAUUAGUCUUGUGGCACAUGCCGAGAUUGGACUAGAGAGUUCAAAGUUGGGUUUGGGUCAUCUGAUAGGCUACUACUUAGUACUUUGUUCCACUUUUAAAGUUUUACAUUAAUGUCCUGUAUAAAACUGAUUUCACAGAGGUUCACGACAGAGAAAAGGACUUGAGUUUGGAGAAAUGAUUUGCACCUCUGAUGUACUGUAUGUAUUUGUGCCUAUGACAGGAAGGCAGGCCGAGAGUAUGGGCAUACAUGAGAUUGAACUCUUUAACACUGUGCAUUUGCACUUUUGCCAAGUUAAACAAAACCCAGCUGUGUCACUUCAAUGUCAGUUGAUAACUACUAAUUUGUGCAUUAUGUGGAUGCACACAUACAGUACAUGUACAGUACUUGUGGGAAAAUGUAAAUAAUGAAAAUAUGUGUUUCUAUUGUUUGGGGGAAAAAGAGAAAUAAAAAUAUUAAUAUUGAUAUGAUAAUAAAGAUAACCUUUGAAAUGCAUCACAUA